CCGGCAGUGCCGUAGAACGUGUGGCGAUGGGGCUUCUUGUUCUUCGCUCAGAGUGCGUGAGCGGCGGCGGCCAACGCACGUUUCGUUGGCUUCAGCGCGUGUAUCAGAUAACGGUCAAUGCGUGGAUGUUGAAUCCUCUCGCGACCAACCGCCCAGGAUUGCAGCAGGUGAUACUGUACCUGAUUCCAGAAUCAGAGGUUCCAAUUGGCAAGGUUCUGUGAGAGGAAAGUGGCUCAACGCACUACCUGUCUGUCUGAGUUGGCCAGCAAUUGCUGAAGAGGCAUCACGGGAUGAUUUUCUACUACAGAAACAAAUCAGUCCUGGCUGAGGAAACUGUUCCCCAAUGAAGGAAACCUAGACUUGCAUUGAGGAGCUGAUGGAAAACUAUUUAGCUACAAGAUUUCAUCCUGUGAUGCACGCAAAUGAAGAAAUACAGAAAUAAGGCCUUGUGUUUCCACUACUUGAAACUGUAAACAUCAAGAGGCUUCUGAAUACCAUGGUAACACUAAUAACAGAAAAACUGCAAAACCAGAAUUUGGAUGACUUGACAUGUACAACAUUCAGUAUUAAUCUGUACUCAGCUGAUAAGCAGAACCAAAGCCAUAGUUUGUUCCCCUUUGAAGUUAGUGAAGAGGGCCCUUGGAAAUCUUCACAUGAGGAUUCUCAGAUCAGAACUGAACAAACUAAGAAUUCAGUUUGUUCUCUGUCAUCGUGUCCAUUUAGUUCAAGUGCAUCCAGUGUGGUUUCAGAUCAGCGACAUGACUCUUCAGGUCAGACUCUGGUUUCAGGAUCAAUAAGUGAACUAAGUCUUAAUGAGAACUCCAGACAGCCACUGACACCACCUACCAAACGACACUGUAGGUCACUCUCUGAGCCAAAUGAGUUGGUUUGGUGCCGAUCACCAUGGAAACCUGGUAGUUCAAAGAUCUGGACUCCUGUGUCUAAGAGACGAUGCAACAGUGGAGGCAGUAGUACUUUGCAACGAUACAAUAGCCAUGGAAGCACAACCUUAAAGCAAUCCUCAAGCACCAGCUUGCCCCACAGUGGACAGUCCAUAAGAAAUGUAUUCCAAAUCACCAGCCUCAGCACUUCACCAGUGCCCAGACCUUCUUCUGCAAGUAGUGGUUUUGUAGACAAUAGUGAAGGAAGGUCAAGUUCAAGUUUUCAUUGGAAUUCUGGAAGCUCUUAUGACUUCAACCCAAGACGUCGCCUUUCCCUAUCACAGGAACAUAUUAUUGAAAUUGGAAGCGCUUGUCUUCAGCCAAUAGCACUCCCACCUCCACAUCAGCUUAGUUGGAGUCAGGGCUUGUUGAGAUGUCGCUCACAGCCUUGUGUCCUGAAUGAAAGGAAAAUCCGGCUGAAGCGUAGACGAGAUGAGGAUGUCCAAUGGAAUCGCCCUUCAUUAGACUUUUUAAAAAUGACUCGGACUUUAAAAAAUACAAAAAGUCUCUGCUCACUUGAUUAUGAGGACGAUGAUACACAGAUGAAGACCAUUGUCUCCUCUCCAUGCAACUCAAAUGACUUUAUGAACAUAAUCACUCCUCGUUUCAGUCUAGAAAAAGAGCAGCCAAGUGCUGUCUGGCACCAUAGCUCACAGCAAGCUGACUUCAGCACGAGUUCCGUGGAAGUGGUUGCCAUGUGCGAAAGUGAAGAAGAGACCAGUGACUGUGAGAGCACCGAAGAAGGCAUCUUUCCUCUGGACUGUGAGGCCCUAGAUCUAGAGCAGAUAGAAAAUAAUUGAGCCAAAGGCAUGCUAAAACCUGUAUAUUGUACCAGAAAUGUUAGUGGGUGAUGAUGCUAUGUUCCUGAGUUCCUCCACCUUGUGCAGUCUGCCUACUGCUUUAGUGAGAAUCAGGAAGUGGAGAGUCAUGAGGACAAUUAGCAAUUAAUUGUAGAUGUACACAUGGACACUUUAGAAGUAAUAUGUCAGGAAAUCAUUUUGAUUUAGACAACUCCUAAUGUCUAUGGUUCUUUCCUUUCCAGCUCUAGAGAGUGAAUAUUUUUGAAACUAAUUUUUGAAAGAGGAUCAGUGCUGCAGCUGGCUGCAGUGAGUUUAUGCAGGAUUUAGCCUUUUGUUAAAUAGCUGAACAUGGAUGGAAGUGAUUCACAUAAAUAAAUUUCUAGCAAGCCAUAUGUGAUUGGUCCAAAGCAUAUAAUUGCCUUAUGUGGUGAGUGUUUUGGAACUCUUUGCUGGCAUGGCUUUGCAUAUAUGUAGAACUUGGUUCAUAUGUCAGUGACACCAUUGAAUGUUCCUUGAUUUGCACUUGCCUCUCUUUGGGUAAAAUAAGUAGUAUGUGAACCAGAUUACACUUGCCAAACUAAGUUGCCACAAUAGCCUUUCUAAGAGCAGCCCAAAGCAUGGAGAUCUACAGUCAUGUGUAGCUGGAUACAUGCAUACCUUACCUUUAUGUACUACUUUUUAAUGGGAACAUAGGAAGAAUAAGAAUAUUCAUAUCUAAAAGAAUGUUGCCACAUAGCACCUUCUGUGAAUCAGCACUAAGGUUCUUUCUAUCAAAACUUUCUAAACCUUCUAAAGUUUAUUUUAUAAUAUCUUAUAAUAUUGCCCUAGUUAAACUGUUGUGAUGCCUGAAGCAGUGCUUACUGACCACUUUCUGGGCAUUUUUGAAUAUGUUUAUUCAGCAUGUAAAGGGAGCACAAGAUAAUGUACUAGUGCUAAUACCUCAAUUGUCAGAUCCAUCACUCUCAGCAAAUGAGAGGCAACAGUCUGAAGAGCCAUGGAGGCGCUCCACACAUUUUACAAACCUUAAAAAUCAGGGUAUUUGCUCUCAAGGAACCUCCUUUUCAAAUUGUUGCCCUUCAGAGUGCAGCAAGGUUAGCAUGCUUCCUCUGCAACACAUGUUUGAUAAACAGAACAACUGAAGAGGACUUGAGUGGACUUGAAUGCAAGUCAUUGCCUACCUACUGUGGUUAAGAGGAAUGUAUGACAAAAACACUUGAACUUUUAGGAAGGUUUUGGAAUGGUGAGUUCCCCAGAGGCAAUCUUUCCAGCAAUACUAGAAGAAAACUAGUCCUUAAAUUAAAUGCAUUUUGCUUUACAGUUUUGUCUGAAUUGUAAUUAUUUUUAUGUCACAGUUUCUUGUGUUCUUUGUAGGAUCCAGUUGUGUUAAUUGGAAGUGGUUCAUUGCUGAUCUGAUGUCUCUGAAGCACAAGACAAAUUUCCUACUGAUGGGUAGUGGGGUAUCUAUGUAAGGUAUGCCAUUUUGCCUGCUCUGCAGAUCGUUUUCUGUGGGAAAUAGAAGUUUUAAGCACUACAACAAAUAUGCCACAUGCUUCCAGUGUAUGUACCGGAAUCCUUAGAGAUGUAUAUGUUAAAGAUGCAUGUGAGUGGAAGAGAGUUAAAUGACAGAAUUAUUUUUAUUGCCAACUUUGGGGCUGCUAAUGACAAAUGGCUGUAUAAUAAUAAUAAUGGCCAUGUAGAUCCACUCAUGGGUGUUGAAGAUAGCAUGCAAACCCUAUGAAGAAGCCCUAGUAAGAACAGAGAAUAGAGAGCCCCUUGGAUGAGUUGUGAUUAUGAGUUACUGAAGCAUCAAGCCACAACAGCCAACCAGCUUAAAACAAAGAAAGAAGCUAUACUGCAUACGGGGAUGCUGAAGAGCCCUAGGAGAGUUCAGAAGGAGAAGUUGCUGCUGAUGACCUUACAUCUUUGGGAUGAAGAAUAGAGAUUUCACCGCAGAGAAAAGCUGUGAUGAGUAGCCUGCUAUCUUUACCCAGCAGUGAACAGAGAGUCUCCCAGAGAUUACAGCUGCCCUAAAAGGUUGCUGAAUGAAGAAAGCAUUUAUCUCAUUCCAUAUCUCAUUCCAUAUGAAAUACAUGCCUUUUCUGAAUAUGAUUUGGAUAGAAAUGAUGGAUGUUGCCUUCUCAUCACAAAACCUCCAGAAAGAGUGGUGGCAGCAGCAAGACAAGAGAGAGACUGUGAAAGUGCAUUCAGAAAGACUCCCGGCACCCUAAGAUAGAGAAGUGAAAAACCAAAUCUAGGAGGAACCAAUUAUUCCAACAGCCCUAAGUUUAGCAUUGAAUAAUGGCCAUGGACAUAGAGUGGUAAGAGAAAGCCAUAGAGUUCUGUACAUGGAAUCCUUGAGGCAUGUGAACAGCCAAGAAAAGUCCACCAGGAAGAUGAGACAGCUGUGAAGAACACCCUCAAAUGUAUCAAAAAUGCCUUGUACAAGAGAAAUAAGGUGCUGAGGAGGAGUUCAACAGAGGCCAAGGAGUUUCUUCUUAAGAGGAGGGGAGGGAGAAGAAACCCCCAAAAGAAGAAACGUACACCUGAUGACAGAAAAUUACUAUAUAAAAAGCAUGAAUACCAUAAAAAAAGGAGAUGGAUCCGUACCAUGUGGGGAAAAAACAUCAAAUCAUGAAAAGUACAAUUUAUAGGAACAGUCUAUGAGCCUGUACAAAGAGUGCAUACAAAAUAAAUCCAGCAUGGUGAAUAAAAUGGUUUAAAGUAUUAUCAUUGAUAAAAUCUAUGUACACAUUCUACAAUUUGGAUAAAUAUUGUAAAGCAUUCUCUC